UUCAGUGUCUUGGCAAUGCAGCUUCAGUUUCUAAAUGGUAGCUCUCUGCAUGCUAUUCUCCCUCCACCUUGUAAACUGAAAACCUCCUCGUAGUAUUUAGGUAAUCUUUUGUACUCAUCAUGAGGGUCAUUGAGUACAUAAAUAUUUGAGUUAUUAUGGCUGGAAACGUCAAGGGAGUAACUUCAGAUGUGGAGAACCAGGCAGCAGAGAAAACAGACAACUUCGUACUCUCAGGCUCCUAUUCCACACGCCAUGUCUUAAGUUCGUGUCAUAUUCAUUGGAGAGAGGCCGGAGAACGUUCGAAAUCAACAUGCAGCAGAGGGCUUAACUUGAUAAAGAAGAUUCGUAAUGCGCAGCAGGGGCCUUACCUUCCAAUAUGGAGCAGAAUAUUUGUGCUAUCAUGCGUAUUUGCUGUCUCUCUUGAUCCUUUCUUCUUUUACGUUGUGGUCAUCGAUCAGGAUAACAAGUGUUUUCAAAUAGACAAAACGUUGGCUAUUGUUGCUCUUCUUAUGCGGUCGAUCACGGAUGUCAUUUUCAUGGUGCAUUUAAUAUGUGAAAUCUGUGACGGUGUUCAAAAUCCAAAUCCAAAAACCCUGAAAAAAGGAGCCCCUUCGACGGAGGAACAAACCGGGGGAAAUUCAGAUAAGAAGACGAAAAUCAGAGAGUUGGCUGAUCAAGUUGCCAUGAAAUUAGCUCAGAAGGUGCCUUGGUUAUCUGUCUUUACUGUAAUAGACUUUUUGGCUCUUCUUCCCCUCCCACAACUGCUCAUAGGAGUAAUUUUUUACACAAUGAAUGGCUCAGGAUUUGUGGAACACAAAAACAUUCUGAAUUUUUUUCUUCUCGGUCAAUAUUUUCCGAGGAUUUAUCGAAUCAACCUAUCGGCCAAGGAAUUCAAAAUGACUAGUGGGAUAUGGAUUAAGGGUCUAUACAACAUGUUUCUCUACAUUCUUUCCAGCCACGUACUCGGAGCUUUUUGGUACUUUUUUUCUGUUCAACGAGAGUUAACUUGUUGGCAAGAGGCUUGUGUAAAUCACAGUAAAGAUCCCAGGGCAUGUUUGAAUACUUUCAACUGCGAUAGUCGAAGUACUACUGCAAGAAAUAUAACAUUUCUAAAUGAGCAUUGCCCUUUGGAUACUCCAAAUGGUGCUUCAUCUCCAUUUAACUUUGGCAUAUUUCUUGAUUCCCUUCAGAAUCAAAACACGGAGCAAAUACUGUUCAGAAAGAAGUUCUUUUACUCCUUCUGGUGGGGGUUGCGAAAUCUAAGUAAUUUUGGGACUAAUCUGAUGACGAGUACAUAUGUGUUCGAAAACUUGUUUGCGGUUCUCAUUUCUGUAAUUGGCUUGCUACUGUUUUUAUAUCUCAUCGGAAACGUGCAGACUUUUAUGCAGAUGGAAGCUACAAAAACAGAAGAGCUGAGAGAAAAGAUUAAGUUAAAGAAGCUAGACGUAAGGACAUGGAUGUCCAGAAAUGAAAUCCCUGAUUAUAUGAAGGAAGAAAUCUUGAGAAGCAUAAAGCGAAAAUUGAAACGACACAUUGAUGCUGAUCUCCAUCAUUUUCUGUUCUAUAUUCUUCCUGUGAAUAUCAGAACAUCUCUGAAACAUUUUCUUUGCAUUAAGACACUUCAGAAAGUAAAAAAGCUUGAAGAUAUGGAUGUCAAAGUGUUGACGUUGAUCUGCAACUAUCUGAAGCCAGUGAGGUACACUGAAAACAGCUUCGUUUUUCGAAUGGGAGAUCCACUCGACUGCAUGCUGUUCAUUAUCGAAGGGACAGUGUGGACCUACGGGUCGACUGAGAGUCAAGCUGGGCAAGGAAUCUCAUCAAUGGACACCAAGCCCCUUGGGAAAGGUGACUUUUACGGGGAAGAGCUUCUCGAUUGCGCAUCACACCGUUUCACCAAACUUCCAGUCUCCAGCAAACAUGUCAAAAGUCAGACAAAAGUAGAAGCAUUUGUGCUCAUGGCCAAGGACUUGGAAACUGUAGUUUCCAAAUACCGGGUAAAGUGGGAGAAAAACGAGAAGAGGGGUUCUCAAUUGUUGGAGUCCGUGGCAGCUUCUACCAUAGUAUCAGCAUUCCGUCUUCAUCUCCGCAAAAGGGAACGUGCACAACAAUAGGAUACCGCUAGCGUUUUAGAAAGCGCUAGUCAACCCACACUAAUAGCGAUCAAGCCUUUUCCAUAGCGUUUUUGAAGUGCUAUGAAUUUUCUUUUAUUGCAUAAAAUUAUAUGAGUGAAUAGAUCAUAUCAUAGCAUUUGGAAAUGCUAUAAUAAAAAUAUGUCAAAACUCUUUGUUCUUUCCAUAAUUGUGUUUAUUACAUGCUACUUCACAAUUGAUACAGUUGUUACAAAUAGACUAAAUGACAUUCAGUUUACAAUUCAAACUUACGUUAAAUCAUAUAUAAAUUUUAAAACAGGACUUCAAAGUAUUCAACUUUGAUCUAAGAUGACUUGCCCGAAUUGAAGCUCUGAUCUUCUUGAAAUAUAUGAGAGGAAUUACCUGCUAUUUUCUGUAACAUGCCUAAAAUUCAAAGCUACAACCACUAUUAAGGGAAGCUUCUUAUGGUGAGUCACUUACUGAAGAGAUUCUUCAGUGUGUCCGAAAUACGGGCACAAACGUCAAUUUCUUUAUAUAAGUGGAUAGACACUUGAAAAAAAAUAAAUAAAUAAAUUCAAGAAUCUGCACAGAC